AUGUGUUACUUAUAGUGACAGGAAGAAUAACGGAUAAGUACAUAUUUUGUAAGUAAAGCAGAUGAUACUGAGCCGCUUUAAGACCGUGGUUACGUGAACGUAAACAUUAGCAUGGGCGAGCACAACGCUGUAAUAAAUAACGAAACAUUUUGUGUCUGUCAUCCCUUGGAGGAAGAGAUGACACGUCCGAAAACGAAGAGCAAAAGCUGCAACACGGCUUCAAAACGCGACGCAAAGUCGGCUCCUUCCAGGCUCGUGAACCGAGAUGGCAAACUGCAGAUCUGUCUGGACCAGCUCAGCCUUGACACCCGCCGCCGCUACCUCAAGAACCCGUUCAAUACCGUGCUGGAUUUGAAAUGGAGAUGGACGAUUGUGAUAUUCUCCGUCGGCUUCAUCUCGACCUGGCUUUUCUUCGCGAUCGUUUAUUAUCUUCUAGCACUUAUUCACGGCGAUUUAUCAGGGGACCGGAAAGAAAACGAAAUUCCAUGUCUCCAAAACGUGAAAAGUUUUUCAUCAGCGUUUCUCUUCUCAUUGGAGACGCAGCACACAAUUGGCUACGGUUACCGUAACCCUUCCUCAGAGUGCAGUGGUGCGGUAUUCGUGGUAUAUAUUCAGUUUAUCGUCGGCAUCGCUGUCCAGUGCGUGACUGCGGGCAUUAUAGUGGCCAAACUGCAAAUGGGGAAGCGGACCCAUAAUGCAAUUAUGUUCAGUGAGCUAGCGUGCGUGGGAAUCUGCAACAACAGCGUGUGCCUCAUGGUUCGAAUUGGGAAUGCAGGUCCCUCCGAGCUGGUAAACGUCAAGGGGUCCGGUGUAAUCAUAGAGCGACUGAAACUCGAGGAAUCCGGAGACUCGAAUACGGAAGCACUGUCGGAAACUGUGGUGGAGUUCGUGUCAGACAGCGGAAGCAGCAACAUCAAUCUACUGUGGCCAGCGGUGAUCCAUUGUCAAAUAAAAGAAAACGCUAAACAGAUGGUUAAAAGGCUACAGAGUGUACGCACCGAGCUGAUAGUCGUUCUCGAGGGUGUUUUCGACUCCACGGGGCGCAACGUCCAACUGAGGCGAUCCUUUCUCCCGCACGAAAUCGAAAUUGGGAAGCAGUUCGUCGACAUCAGUCCGCAGUUAGUGAAAAAUCAACAGACGAACGCAUAUUGUCACACGGUGGAUAUCGACGGUUUCGACGCCAUUCAGACUGAUAAGCUAUGGGAGCGGUUGAUUUCUUCGUCUGGCAAUGACUGAGUGUGAUUGUCUUUAACUCGGGUUCUGUAACAGAGGUGGAACUGUAUCCAUGCAUUGGACAACAAACUGAUGAUUGUUGAAUACCGGUACUGCGAUGGUUUUUGACGAUGCUGCGAAUCAGCUCGUCUAAGUUAUCAUACCAUGAAAAAUUCUUCACCAUGGCGACCUAUGUUAAAGACCGAGCCAGUCCGAUUGAGAUAGCUCGAUUUUUGUAAUCGGCAUACAUCGCUGAUAAUCAUUGAUAAAGGUAAAGGAAGCUCAGCUAUAUAUAGGACAGCACA